AUGGGACAUCAUCAUGAAUCAUUCUGGCGAUAUCUUGUUCAAUCCAAAUAUCGACUUUCCUAUCACCAUCCUUUCCUUUCAUGGUAUCAACUAGCUAUCUCUCGUCAUGUUGAUCUUAUAUGCCCGCAUUUAAAUGGACGAUUGCACGAUCCUUGGAAACAAGAUAUCGAUCAAUUGAUCGCUCAUUUAAGUACCCUCCUUUGUCAUCAAUAUACUCAAUCUACGCAAAUUGGAAAUCAAGCAUCAUUCGAUUUGCAAUAUCGAACGCCCAUUUUAUGUUGUCCUUCAUCAUCAUCAUCAUCAUCAUCAUUUUCUUUUGGAUGCGGGGAUAUCUUUUUUGAGCCUCAAAAAAAUCCUGGGCAUUUAUAUGGACAUUACCAGAAAACAGGACAUUCUAUUAUUUUGAAAGUAUCUAGUACUCAUUUUAUAGAGAUGUGGUGUUAUGCGUGUAAUCGACCCCUUGGGUAUUGGGGAUCGAGUGAAAGUGAAUAUACUAGUGCUAGUGAAAAAUAUAUAGUAAAACAAUGGAUUCAACGCCUGACAUGGUCUUUAGAUAUGGUAGAUCGUCAUCAUGGGCAGAUGGUCCCACACCUCGUUCGUCGUCAAUGGGAACUAAGACUUUUGUUAUCAAAAACACAGUCUCCAUGUUAUCUUUUGGAUAGUCAAUGGUUCUAUGCUUGGAUUAAUUAUCUUUCUUCACCCUCCAUGGAUCCUCCUUCCUCAAUGCCUCAACAUGAUUAUUUUUUAAUCAAUGAUCAUCCUCCUUCCAUUCAUCCUCAUUUGAAACUAAAUCAACAUUUUGUAUUGGUUUCUAGUCAAUUGUAUUUUUAUAUCCAACGUAUCUAUGGUAUUCAAGGUCCAACCAUUCAUAAAGAUCAGCUAUAUCAAAGACAAGAAUAUAAAGAGCUUUUACAACAAAUCGAUGAAUGUAUUGACCAUCAUUUAACUACCUAGUGCAUUUGAAUAAACUAACUAAUCUACAAAUUUUUUCAUAUCAUCCCUUCUUCACUAUUUUGUCAUAACAUAAAUUUGGUUCUCUAAUUUCAACAAGAGAGAGUCUUGAGAGGUAUUCUUCUUUUUCCACCAAGGUUUUCAGUGUUUGAUGUACAAAUUGAGUCAGAUGGUCUAUAUGUGAAGGAUAAUCAAUGGAUGCAAAUAAAUGACAGUGUAACCUAUCUCUGUUUUUCAGCUUACCAAUCCAAUGCACCGGUCAUAUCAUCUAAUAGUAGCAAAGUUGGUUUUCAUAUCAAGGCCCGUGCUAAUCAGGGUUUGAGAAAAAAAAAUAUCCAUCAUUAGUCUAUGUGAGACAUUACCAUAUCCAUCAGCUUUUUUUUUCUAUUUAUUACCUAGUAAAUACUUUUGAU